AAACGGUUCACAACGAAUGUAGUCAAACCAAACGAAGCAACAACAACAAUAAAAAGCAGAAUACCAACACCACUAGCAGCACACCCACUAAAACAGCAGCCAUCAUAAAACCGACAAUUUCAACCCCACAAAUAUCCCAAAGGGAAAUAGAAGCAACACCAAAGGCAACAGUUGUGCCAACAUCACAAACACUGCUGACUCUGACAACCUUUGCGAAAACAGCCAUAACCGCAACAGUGACAACAUCGUCGUCACCGAUAUCAUCAUCCGUGUUAACGCCAACGCAACCUUCGCUACCGACAACGACUACAACGGCGGCGACAACAACACUAACAUCCACACAAUCCGUCGGAGUAGGAGUAGCCACAGCAACAACAUUGCCCACUGCUGUACCACAACUACCAUCAUCGCCAACAACAACAACAACAUCAACCUCUGCCCCAGCACCAGUGGCAACCACAACUGUAACAACUGCCACAAAUAUUGAUAAAACAAUUGAGACAACCACAGCAGCAUCUUCUGAUAUUUCUUCCUCUACUUCUGCAUCGUCGUCAUUGUCAUCAUCGAGUGGCAAAUUUGAAUAUUUGAAGAAGGAAGUGCCCAACGAAGUCACUCGGAACAUAACAGCAGCAACAGACUCAACAUCAACAGGCAAUAAUACCAGUAACGACGACCCUACUCAACAGAAUUUGGGAACCUCAAGUUUAGACAUUUCAUUACCAACGAAUCGCAACACCACCACCACCUCCGACAAUAGCAACAGUGCGACCAUUACAACGGCUUCUUCUAGCAUUGCCUCUAUCCAAGCC